AUGAUCCACAGAGAUCCUGAGCUUGAGAACAGGUUCUGUCAGGUCAGUGAUGGCACAGGGGCUUUAAUAACAAUUACAGAAAAAUCCACGGCAAAGGAAUCCAAAGAAGGGUCCGGUAGAAAUCAGAGUCAGAUGAUCCAGAGGUCAGGGCAGGCAGCAAUCAGCAAAAUACAGAGAGCAGGCAAA